UCCUAAUUCCUAAAGAGAUAAACGAAAGAAAAAAAAGGAACCGUCAAUCAAAACAAAAUAAAACUAUAAAACAAAAACGAAACAGAAAUUGAAAAAAACAAAGUGUUUUCAGUUGCUGCGGUCAUCUCGCCGGUGUCAAGUUUCCGACGCACUGCCCUUUCUAUUCCGCUCUCUUUAUUAAAAUUCAGCAUCUGAGUUUUUAACUUUGAGCGAAUUUUAUGGUCAAAAUUAUGGAGCAAAGUAGAUUGUUGAGGACGUUGCUACUUUUAUAUUUAUUUGUUGUUUCUUUUGGUAGAGUGAUCAAGCUCAAACACACUGAUGAAUUACCUGUUUACAAUCAUACGCUUGCCAAAAUUUUGGUCGAGUACAAUGCUGCGGUUUAUGAGUCAGACUUGACUGAACUAUUCACCUGGACUUGCUCAAGAUGUAAUGGAAUGACAAAGGGAUUUGAGAUUAUAGAGCUGAUUGUCGAUGUCCAACACUGCUUGCAGGCAUAUGUUGGUGUGGCUAAGGACCUGAAUGCUAUUAUUGUUGCAUUUAGGGGAACACAGGAGCACAGCAUACAGAAUUGGGUUGAAGAUCUGUACUGGAAGCAGCUUGAUUUGGAUUACCCAGACAUGCCUGAAGCAAUGGUUCACCAUGGAUUCUAUUAUGCUUACCAUAACACUACGCUGCGUCCUGGAGUAGUAGAUGCUGUUAAACGAGCAAAGAAAGUAUUUGGAGAACUUGACCUUUUAGUGAUAGGGCAUUCAAUGGGUGGGGCUAUGGCUGCUAUUUGCGCACUUGAUCUCACGGUGCAUCAUGACAUGAGAAAUGUUAAGGUUACAACAUUUGGACAACCUCGGAUUGGAAAUGAAGCUUUUGCAUCUUACUAUACACAGUUUGUCCCGAACACAAUUCGUGUCACUCAUGAACAUGACAUGGUGCCUCAUUUGCCUCCCUAUUAUCCAUAUUUCCGACAGAAGACAUAUCAUCACUUUCCCAGAGAGGUAUGGCUGUAUAACAUUGGAUUUGGAAGUCUUGUCUACACAGUCGAGAAGGUUUGUGAUAGAUCUGGUGAAGAUCCAUCUUGCAGCAGGUCAGUUAUGGGGAGCAGCGUAUUGGAUCAUCUGGUUUAUUAUGGUGUCAAUUUACAAGCCGAGACAUGGAAUUCAUGCAGAAUUGUGUCUGGCCCUCAUCUUGUGAGGUUCACGACCACAGAUCACGCCGGAAAUAUUAUAUUGUCCAAAGAUCCUGGGUGUACUGUUCACAGUAGAGGUGCAGUGUUAGGUGAAACGGCAAAUGUUUCAUAAAGGUGGAGGAUGCUGCUCCUCUAAGAAUGCUCUCAUGUGGGUGCAUGUGUAAUUGUGUACAUUAUGGUAUGCCCAGGACUAUAUAGCAAUAUUAUGUGACAAAUGUGUAAAGAAGGCUUCAACAAGUUGUAGAUAAAGUAAUUUUUUCGUGCCUCUGUUCAGUUUGUAUGGAUAUUAAGCUGUCUGAUGGUCGCAACUUGCAAGUGUACAUUGUAAUAUCUUAGUGUCUCGAAUAACUUGUAAAUAAAAUCAGUCUCGCAACUUUCUGUUCGGUUCAUCUUUAUUACUGUACAUGUAGUAAUACUUGUGAUGCGCGGGUGAAAAUUAUCAUAUAGGAUAUUAUUAAUCUUUAUCA